UCUUUCAUAACCCUAUUGAGUGUUUUUAAACUAAAUUAACAUGGCUCGAAUGAACCGCCCAGCUCCUGUGGAAGUCACAUACAAGAACAUGAGAUUUCUUAUUACACACAAUCCAACCAAUGCGACCUUAAACAAAUUUAUAGAGGAACUUAAGAAGUAUGGCGUUACAACUAUAGUAAGAGUAUGUGAAGCAACUUACGACACUACUCUUGUGGAGAAAGAAGGCAUCCAUGUUCUUGAUUGGCCUUUUGAUGAUGGUGCACCACCGUCUAACCAGAUUGUUGAUGACUGGUUAAGUCUUGUAAAAAUUAAGUUUCGUGAAGAACCUGGUUGUUGUAUUGCUGUUCAUUGUGUUGCAGGCCUUGGGAGAGCUCCAGUGCUUGUUGCCCUAGCAUUAAUUGAAGGUGGAAUGAAAUAUGAAGAUGCAGUACAGUUCAUAAGACAAAAGCGGCGUGGAGCUUUUAACAGCAAGCAACUUUUGUAUUUGGAGAAGUAUCGUCCUAAAAUGCGGCUGCGCUUCAAAGACUCCAAUGGUCAUAGAAACAACUGUUGCAUUCAAUAAAAGAUCAGGGGUGCCUGA